AUGUUUGAACUAGAAACUAUGGAAUAUGGUCAAUAUAGUUGUUAUUCAGCAGAAGCAGAAGCAGCAGAGGAAGAAGCUGCUUAUGCGACUAGCAGCACAUCUUCCAUGAUGAGGAAGAAGAAGAACAAGAAUACAAAAAGGUUUAGUGAUGAACAAAUCAAAUCAUUGGAAACUAUGUUUGAGACUGAGACCAGACUUGAACCAAGAAAGAAGCUGCAGUUGGCUAGAGAGCUUGGGUUGCAGCCAAGACAGGUUGCUAUAUGGUUUCAAAAUAAGAGAGCUAGAUGGAAAUCAAAGCAACUUGAAAGAGAGUACAAUAAACUUCAAAAUAGUUACAAUAGUUUGGCCUCAAGAUUCGAAUCAAUGAAGAAGGAAAAACAAACAUUACUUAUACAGUUGCAGAAGCUGAAUGAUCUGAUACAGAAGCCAAUAGAGCAAAGUCAGAGUUCAUCACAAGUUAAAGAAGCGAACAGCAUGGAAAGUGAAUCAGAAAACGGAGGAACAAUCAAAUGUGAGGGUGAGGUGAAACCAAGAACUUCAACGGAAAGAUCAGAGCAUGUUGUUGAUGUUGUAUCAGAUGAUGACACAAGCAUAAAAGUUGAGUAUUUUGGGCUUGAAGAUGAACAUGGACUAAUGAGUUUUGCUGAACAUGGUGAUGGAUCGUUAACUUCACCUGAAAAUUGGAGUGGUUUUGAAACAAAUGAUCUGUUAGGAGAAUCAAGUUGUGAUUAUCAAUGGUGGGACUUUUGGUCUUGA